GGCGUCUGUUGAUAUAUUAUAUAAGAGCGUUGCAGUUUCUUCUGACUAUUAAUAAUAAUAGUUAUAAAUAACUAUAAAGUUAUCCCAUUUACUCGCCGAGAUGUUUGCACAUGGAAACUCACUUUUUCUACUCCAGCUUGCACUCGUGCUAGUAACUUCAGUUAAUUUGGUUGUAACUGAAGUCGGUUAUAAUAACUAUUGUGCAACUGCCAAUUAUGGAGACCGGCACGGACUACCGGUGCCAUUACAACCAACCACGGUGCAGGCCGGGGUACGCGACGCGAGAGUUGCCGUAGACGCCGGGAUGGCGUGCGCACCGUCGAAACACCCCGUGGGCGUCUCGAUAAUAGUGUGCGACUACGACGUCUCGCCCGCGGUGUCGCUGCCUAACUUGUACACUGGCUACGUGCACCGCAGCGGCAAUUUGCAAAUCCUGGCGACAGUGGACACCACCGUCUACUGCAGUUACUGAUGGCUCCCCACUUGCAGCUAAUCAUACUGUCAUAUGGCCGUCAGCUUAUGGGUAAUAAAUGUAAGUUAAAAAAAUAUUUAAAUUGUUACCGUUAACAUGAGACACUUUUAAAAUAUAAAUGUUAAAAAAGA